AUGGAAAAGAUUCGCGAGAAAAUUGCAAUUAUCCGUGCAGAGGCUGAUGCUGCCAAUGCCAGAGCAGAUGAAUACGAAGCAAAGUACAAGGAGUUGGAGCAAAUCCAGAUGAAGCAAGAACACGACAUUAUUUCACUCACAAAUCAAAACAAGCAUUUGGAAGAGGAUUUGGAGUUGGCACAAGAGAAGAUCAAGCAAUUGAAAUCUCUUGAAGAUGGUGAAGACGAUUUGAAAAAGGAAAACGACGCGGCUCAAAGAAAGAUUACCUUGCUAGAGCAAGAGUUGGAGAACUCUGAAUUGACCAUCAGAGAGACCACCAAAAACUUCAGAGAGGCUGAUGUCAAGGCCGAGCAUUUUGAACGCAAAGUGCAACAGUUGGAAAGUCUUUCCUUGGAUCAAGAAAAGAAAAACGAAGAGCUCAAGGCAAAGAUCCUGGAAUUGCAGGCUCAAUUAGACGAAUUCAAUGCUAGCUUGGAUGACAUUUAA